CCCCCCUCCCGCUCCACACACUCUCCUCCUCCUCCUGCCGCCGCCACAGCAUAUGGUAACGGCGGUGCCAGCCACACCAAACAAGUCACGCAGCCGGGACGCCCGCGGGGAGCCGGGGGGUGCGGGGGAGGCCGGCGGCCCGGGGGAUGCCGCCGCCCUGAGCCGCGACCGCGCCGCCGGAGGCCGAGGGACGGGGCGGCCCCGCCGGUAUUACCUAGAAGUGAGGAUGGAAAUUCAGCCUAGGAAAUCAUCCUUCCUUCAUCUGUAUUCGGAGAUCUGAGGCUUCUAUACUCUGCUGGUUUCUUUUUUGAAUACAGUUCAGGAGAAGCUGUCAACAUGAAUGCUGCUGACAACGGGGUCAGUAGUCUCUGUGCAAUAUGUGGAGACCGAGCGACCGGAAAACAUUAUGGCGCUUCCAGCUGUGAUGGAUGCAAGGGAUUCUUUAGACGCAGUAUACGGAAAAAUCAUGUCUAUACCUGCAGAUUCAACCGGCAAUGUAUUGUUGACAAGGACAAAAGAAAUCAAUGCAGAUAUUGUCGUUUAAAAAAGUGUUUUCGAGCAGGAAUGAAAAAAGAAGCUGUACAAAAUGAACGGGACAGGAUAAGUACGAGAAGAAACACUUUUGAUGGCUGCAACAUUCCCUCUAUUAGCACAUUGUCACAAGCUGAGACACUCUCCCGUCAGAUCUCAGUCUCCAGUCCUGGUGCUAGCACUGACAUAAACGUUAAGAAAAUUGCUGGUAUUAGUGAUGUCUGUGAAUCUAUGAAGCAACAACUCUUGGUCCUGGUGGAAUGGGCUAAAUAUAUUCCAGGCUUCUGUGAAUUACCACUGGAUGACCAGGUUGCCUUGCUAAGAGCACAUGCUGGGGAACACCUGUUGCUUGGAGCAGCAAAACGGUCCAUGGCGUAUAAGGACAUUUUACUUUUAGGCAACAAUUACAUAAUCCAUCGCAACAGUACUGAAGUAGAGAUCAGCCGAGUGGCAAAUCGGAUUCUAGAUGAACUUGUUCGACCCUUCCAGGAAAUUCAAAUAGAUGACAAUGAGUAUGCUUGCUUGAAAGCGAUUGUGUUUUUUGAUCCAGAUGCAAAGGGCCUGAGUAAUCCAAUGAAGAUUAAGAACAUGCGGUUCCAAGUCCAAAUCAGUCUAGAGGAUUAUAUUAAUGACCGUCAGUAUGACUCCCGAGGAAGAUUUGGAGAACUUUUACUUCUACUGCCUACACUCCAGAGCAUCACUUGGCAAAUGAUUGAGCAAAUACAAUUGGUUAAACUAUUUGGAAUUGUUAAAAUUGACAGUUUGCUUCAGGAAAUGUUAUUGGGAGGUACUUCUAAUGAUGCCAGUCAUCUGCAUCAUCCAGUACAUCCUCACUUAGCCCAAGAUCCAUUAACUGGCCAAACUAUCCUCAUAAGUUCAAUGUCUGGUCCUGUACAUACAGAACAGAUUUCAACUCCAGAAACUCCGUUACCUUCCCCUCCUCAAGGAUCUGGGCAAGAAUACAAAAUGUCUACAAAUCAGGCUUCAGUCAUUGCACAGCAAUCUAUUUUGAAACAAAAAUCAUUGUGAUAAUGUUUCUCUGUCUGUCUUGCUCUUCCUUCCUUCCUUCCUUCCUUCCUUCCUUCCUUCCUUCCCUCCUUCCCUCCUUCCUUCCUCCCUUCCCCCCUUCCUUCCUCCCUUCCCUCCUUCCUCCCUCCUUCCCUCCCUCCCUCCUUUCCCUCCUUCCUUCCCUCCUUCCUUCCCUCCUUCCUUUUUAUGCACUAGAUAAAUUGGUGGGACACUUGCACAUUUAAAAUCUCAGGAUGAUAAAGGAAAUUGUUUCCUCAGCAGCCACUACUGUGGGUGUUUCUUAAAACGCCUAAUGAUUUGGAAAGUAACACUAUUCUGACUGCCAUGUACAACUGUAACUGUGGACACUGCAGUCUCACAAGUACGUGUAAAGGUUGAUAUUAUUUUUAGAUCUUUUAACUGCACAGAUUAAUUUUUUAUUUCCUGUUUUAGUUGUCUUAAUAUUAUUGUUUUAGGUGUGUAUAUAAUUUUUUCAUUGUGAUGGAACUGGUUAGUGCUUGUUUAGGCUUGUUUAGCUGUGAAUUGUAGACAUGCAAAAGCAGGUUAAUCAAACAGAAGCCAAGAUUCCUUGAAUAAUAAAACAGUAGGAUACCAAAGAAAGCACAUGUAUUAAAUAAAAAGGAGAAAAUAAUGAGCAGAAAUAUCCAAUUAAUUAAAAAACCAUCCUGAUUUGAAAGAACCAUCUCUUUCCAGUAAAAAUUCAACAGAAGAGUUGAAUCCUCCCUGCUUACCUAUUUGUAUGAAUCAGAGGGUGUGCCACGUGCAAAUAUGUUUGAGGACUUUUAAAAUCUGCAUACGCAGUGAUGUCUGUAUUAGUCAAUUGGACGGUGCCGAGGCAUGGGUGCAGGCGUUUAUACUGCUAAAUUGUUAGAACAGCGACUGGUAUGCUUUUUUGGUAAGGACUAACCAGUACUCUUCUGACAAUUUCUGGCCUCAUCUUGGGAAUUAAGCCAGUCUAGGACACUCUUCACUAGGUGCUUUGGAUCCUGCCACUUUGCUUUAGGGGCACCAAGAGUAUAACUAGAAUAUGGCCAGACCAUGCCACUUGACCUCAGGUUUGGAAUAUAGACUUUGUACUGUUUGAUUUACUAGUGUAAAUGUAGCCAGUGUGUUUAUUUGCCUAACUGCUGAUGAAUGCAUGUUUCAGCAAUCGCUCUAAACUUCACCUACAGAGUAGUGGUAGUUAUGUAGUAGCUCUGUGUCUGGAGAGGUAUGGCUUACUAACUCAAGCAGCAGAUGUGCCUGAGUCCAGCUCCAGGUCUUCCUGGUUUUAGCCAUGGUAUUUCAAGCCGGAAGAUAGCCAGUGCACCAAAUACUCAUUCUCCAGAUUUUUAAGAGUUUUCAGAAGCUUGGGAUGAAUUACUGUGACGAGCUCCCUUCUGCUCUUCUUCCUCUUCCCCUUCCAGUCUGGGGGGAUCCAACAUUGACUAAGCUUUUUGUCUGGAGUCUAUAAUAACCCAUCUGGAUUUGGACCCUCUGCGGAUUGCCACAAAGGGGACCUUAUGACACAUGCUGACUUGGGCAUAUACUCACUCAGUUACAAUUUGUGAAAAUGAUCUAUAAUGAUAUAUGAAGUGAUAUGUUGUUCAUACAAUACUGACGUCAUAAGAAAAUCACCACUUUGCACAUUUUAUUUAUUCCAGACAGCAAUGAUUUUCCUUUAGUACUUUAAAGCAGACUUUCUUCCCAGAAGUUACGUGAGAGAGAAGCAGAGGAAAAAGAGAGAAUAAAAUACUGCAGUUUGCUGAACUAUUGUAAGGAGAAAACAUAGUGGAGUCCGAAAUUCUGCAAGGUGAGGUGUUGAUCAUCCUGAACCAGACACCUACAUUAAUCCCAACAUCAGAAGAUGGUGUAGUUAAACCACUGGCUUUUAAAAGUUGCUCAAACAAACUGAGAUGAUUCUUCAGAUACAUUUUUGCAGGCAGGAAAUGUAACGCAGGAAAUGUAACACAGUAAAUGCUGAGCUGACCUGAACAUUCAAAAGGCUUUAAUGAGAAUACACUUACCACCAAGUAGGUGCUGUGUUUCUUUAUGUUAUUUUAAAGUAGUUGGUUUUGUAAAGUCUGCAUACGCUAGCUCUUAAUGUUUACCUUUUUCCUUUUCGAGUGUUUUUCUUUUUGCUGGUUACUGUUUAUUUCUUAUCAAUGCAUUGCUCUUUUUACAAGUCCCUUUUAAUAUGAGUUUUUAUGACAGAAUAAAGUACUGAAGUUUUGCCAUUAAAUUUAGGGGGAUGCAGACUGUGUUAUUUUUACAAGUCGGCCACACAAAGGUAAAGCAUGCGUGAGAGAUACUGAGCAGCCCAGAAGUUGAAUGAUGGGGGUCACUUUUAUGUACUUGUCAUAGAAAGAGUGUUUUUCUCAAGUUGGAUCUGCAUGACUUUACUGGGUCAGAUUAAUUAAGUCAGUUGCAUAAGCAUGGCAGUAUUGGUCUGACUAAAAACAUUUAACUGGAAAUAAAAAGUAGUCCCCAAGUUGGCCAUGCUUGCCUUAUAUAAGCAAUGUUCAUAAUAGCUUAAUGGGCUUAGUUUUCACACUGUACUUUAGAUAUCAAGCGUACAAUAAAAUGUUUUCACACACUGCCAAAAUGUACUGGAUGAAAAAUAUACUUUAGUAUUUUAUCUGACAAAAAGUUGUUAUCUAUUUUGUAUGAUAUAUUACAUUUUUUGAAUAAGAAGAGCACCACUGUAAUUUAUUGGGAAAAGCUGAUUUAUUUUAUAAAUGUAACAUUAUUUUUGUAAACUUAAUUAUGAAAAAUCAGAAAUGAUUAGCUUUGUUAAAUAUUAAAUUAUAAUGAGAUGUAACUUUAUAUGUUUGAACUCUGAUACCAAGUUUUUGUGUUGAGCAUUUGGAAUUGAAAUGGUUGCUGGAAAUAUUUCAAAUGGACUGUUUUUCAUCAAAGCUCAAUAAAGAAAAGUGAAUGAUCCAAAUGACA